AUUAACGAAACAUUUUAUUCUUUUUUUUUACUAGUCUCUAUACAGAGUUGAAAAUAACAAAGAAAUGUUUAGGUUAUGAAUGAUCAAAUAAAAACAUUACUAUUUAAACGUUUCUUAAUCACUCACUUGUAAUUAUUGUAUUAUACAGUAUUUUAUUUUAUUGAUGCCAUCUCUCAAAAGAUUAUUAAUUUAAAUUAAUAAAAACAAUAUUAAGAAUUUAAAUGAUAUUUUUUACUGGAUAUUUAAAAUAUUGUUUAUAGAGGUUAUCUAUACUUAAAAGAAAAUGUAUCCAAAAAAAAUUAUUAAAAAAGUACCGGGGGACUUACCACCACCUACAAAAAAGGAAAAUCAAGGAUAUAUUGAUAACUUAGCUAAUAAAUCAAAGACAGAGUUGGAGGAACUUUUAGAAAGACAGAAUAAAAUGUUAGCUAAUAAAAAAUUUAUUUCAAUGCUUCCUGAUAAAGGGGAAAAGAUUAAAACGUUUAGAAAUAAAUUGUUAAAUCAACUCGAUCAUCAAAAAGAAAUAGAUAAAGCAGCUGUGCUUCUUUCAAGACUAAAUAUAGCAUCGGAAGGAAAAGCAGCAAUGAAUGAAUUGGAAUGGACAGGUAUUUGUCCCAAAGAAAUUCAUAAAAAUAAAAUUGUUGAGUUGGAUAGUGACGACGAGGAAGAAGACCCAUUAAAGAUUUUAGCACAACCUACAGGAACUGGUGUACAUAAGAAGAAAGUUAUACAUUUACAACCGACGGAGCCUUUAAUAAAACCAGAAGAUUUAGAGGAAAUAGAAUCUUUCAAAAAUGAAGGGAAAUCGGUUUCCGAAUUAAUGCACGUAAAAUAUCUUAUCGAUAAGGUUGAAAAAUCUCCGGAAAAAAAUCAAAUUAAAAAGGAACCAUUUAAGCCAUACAAAACUACUAAGAGUAGUGUUCAUGAUCCAGAAAAAGAGAAAAAAAGGAAAUAUAUUAAAAAUUAUAUAGUUACAGCUGCUACUCCACCCCAUAUAGUACACGGUGCUGUUAAAUCAUUAAAUUUGAGCGAAUCGUUACAAUUGCAAAGGGAACAAGUUAAAAAGAUACAGGAUAUUCAAGCGAAACAUGCAGUUGAGCGAUUGGUAGAACGACUAAGCUUGCAUAAUGUUGGUUGUGUACCAAAUAAUGUGGGUGAUUAUCGUAUACCUGAAGAAAUUAAGGAUGAUAGUUCUAGUUCAGAAAGUGAAGAAGAUGAAGUAUAUGACGAUGAUGAUAACGAUAAAAGAGUAACUGUUGUUUAUACAACAGAAUUUACAAAAAGUUAAAUGUUAUUAAUUGAAUACAACUAUGGGGAAAAAAGAAUUAUAGAUUUAAUAUUCGCAAAAACGAAUUGUGAAAGAUAAUUGUACAAUUUGUUUUGUUCUGUAAAUAUUGUUGUGAAAAAUAAUACUUUCUAUACAUGAUAAACGUUUGUAAUUAAAAAUUAUUAAACAUAUUCAAAUCA